GUUAAGCCGUUUUAAUCUGUAAGGAAAGAUAUAGAGGGAGGAUAGAAGGAGACGGAAUUAAUCAGACAGCGGUAUUUAGUAUGAGAACCUUUACUAAUGAGGCCUGCGUAGUUAACACAACGAGAAAAGAGAAUCGGAGGGAGAGAGAGAGAGAGAGUGUGUGUGUGUGUGUGUGUGUGUGUGUGUGUGAGAGAGAGGGGAUGGAGGGAGGGAGGAGUGAACGACAGACGGGAAAUGAAUCGCAAGCUGCAGGAGAAUAGGUUGUCAGCAUCCAGAGCUCCAAGGUCUGACUCUCAUUAAAGGAUGGAGGGGCUGCUGCAGCUGAGUCUACCCGGAGCUUGAGGAGCCUUCCUGGGCUUCAUCUGCGUCAUCUUCCCCCUGUCUCUCUCUGCUCUGGUCCCCCUAUACUCACUCAUCACUCGACCUCUGCAGUACAAGAGAGCAUCUGGACCCACACGACACCUCCCCCUAAUCCCCCACACUGAGUUGCCAGGGCAACCAUGGACGGACUACGCCUGCCACCGGUCAUUGAGGAGGUCAUGGACCCUGCAGAUGACAUAUGUGCCCUGAAGGUGGAGAGGCCUGGCAUUGUGGACAUGCUGACGGCCAAAGAGAGGGAGACCCUGGAGGAGAACGAUGUGAAGGAGGAGAAAGAGAAGGAGGUAGAGGUGGGGAACGGAGAGAAGGGCCAGCAGGAGGACCAGGGAGAGGAGAAGGAGGUGAAAGUGGAGGGGGAGGAGGUGGAAAGAGUAAUGUUAGAGGAGGAUGACUUGGAGGAGUUGAAGUCCCAGGUGUUGCAGCUGGUGUUGGAGCUGGAGGAGGCCAGGGAGGUGUCUCAACAACAUGAAGAGAGCUUCAUGGAGAUCCAGGGUCUGUUGGAAGAUGAGCGUCUGGCUAGUGCUCACCAGGCAGAGAGCUUUACCAGACAGAUCCAGAGACUGCAAGCUCAGCUGCGUUCAGUCCAGGAGGAGAUGGACUCUCUGGAGGAGGAGAAGGAGAGUGAGCUGGGUGAGGUGCAGGAGGAGCUGAGGUCUGCCCAGGAGGAGGUGCUGGUUCUGCAGCAGGCGGGGGAGGAGGCAGCAGCGGAGAGGGAGAACGACAUCGCCUCCCUACAGGAGGAGCUGUGUCGUCUGAGGGCCGAGCUGCAGCGUCUCCGCACCACGGCCCAAGAGUACGAGCUGGAGAUCACCACCCUGCGGGCUGAAAUCAGUAUGAAGAGCAUGAGGAGGGAGAGAGAGACUGACGGUGAGGUAAGCCAGCUGACGGCGGAGUGUCAUGCGAUUUCAGACGAGUGUCAGACCCUGAAGGACGAAAACAAACAGCUGAGCCACAAACUGCAGCAGCUACAGCAGGAGCGAGCCGGCUCCAAUGAUGUCUAUCUGGCCUUGAGAGGGGAGGGGGACGAAGACCAGAAGGAUGAGGGUGUUGGGCAGGAUGAGGACUCAGUGAAAGCUGGAGGCUACAUGACCCUUUCCCAGACCCAGGGUGGGCAGACCCAGACUGGUCAAGGUGGGCGCUUGGUGGAUGCCUCCAUCCAGAAGAAUAUCUCGUUUGAUGGCAAGCCCAUCACCAAUUGGAACGGGGGACCCUCUGAAGUCUUCUCCCUACGAGACCAGCUCAAACUGACUGAGGAGAGGUCCUCGCAAGUACAGAGACAAUGUGAAGGGUUGAAGGGGGAGCUUGCGGAACUUCAGGGGCUGUUUGACUGCAGCCAGAAGGAGAGGGCGGAGCUGGAGCAGGAACUGCAUCACUGCAGGGUGGAGCUAGAGAGGCUGGGUGGCAGGAAGUCACAGGAGAGCGAGGGAGGCUGGAACCUGGUGGAGGUGGUUGCCGUGGCAGCGCUUGUAGUCCUGAUAGUCCCCAGCCUUUCCAGAGCGUUUACCUGAGGACUACACAGAACGGAAGUCACUGUACAGGAAAUGACUGUGCUGGUUUCCCCUGGCAACAUGGACAAUGCCAUGCCCCUAUCUCAUGAUGCCCUUGUCAAGUCUCCUCCUCACUUCAUCUUCCAAGGAGGACUGCAUUGACAACUGACAUUUUCACCAGGAAAUACAACACAACAAGGAAGUAGUCUCAAGGAGAAAUACAUAUA